CAUGUUUGUUUUGUUUUCUUAAGUUUCCAGUCUGCCAGAACCAGUGCUUUUAUAAAAUUCUGUACCAAUGAAUUACUAGAAAAAAUGACCCUGUCAUAUAAAGAUUUCUAAGUGCCUACUUUCUAUUUCUGUACAUAUAUCAUCCUGGACCAGUAAAAAGCAGUUCAGUGACCGACAGCAGGCCGUAAAACACACUGAGUCGAACUAGUUUAGGAAAUGAUCAGAGAUUAAACUGGAAGGAGGUUAGAGCUAGAUUGUCAAGGAUCUUGUACAUUAUGAAAGGAUUCUAAAAUUUUCAUCAUUAAAAUUGGUAUAAAUGAUCUUCCUGUAUUUUAUUAUAGAUUUACUUGCUUAAAUCCUUUGUGCUCAAUGUAUGGUUUGAUAAAACAUAUAUUUUAAAAAGAUGAUUUUGACAUAGCGAAUAUUGAUUAGCAUCCUGUCAGUGCUUGGAACUUUUUAUUUUUUUAAUUUUGGAUUUACCUUUGUUUGUGAAAGUUCAGUUUUGGUUGGGUAAAGGAGCACUGUAAUGUCAUCCAGGUUUCCCCUCUCCCUUCUGCACCUUGAAUCUGUCACCGCCCGGGCUGGUUGGAUUUUACAGCAGAUUUCUCAGGAGACCGGAGCUGACCUGUGAGUGCCCCUGCCUUUCAUCGUCCAGCUCUCACAGUGUCUCUACAGUCACCAGGUUUCACGAUGCUGCGGGUGUCCAGAACCAAACUGGGCAGGCUGAGCCCCGGCCUCUCCAGAGGGCUUCACCACAAGGCGGUGAUGGCCUUGAGGCGGGAGGAUGUGAAUGCCUGGGAAAGGCGGGCUCCUCUGGCUCCCCGGCACGUCAAAGGGAUCACCAACCUGGGAUACAAGGUCUUAAUACAGCCUUCCAAUCGGCGAGCCAUUCAUGAUAAGGAAUAUGUCAAAGCUGGUGGCAUUCUCCAGGAGGAUAUUUCUGAAGCUUGUCUAAUUUUGGGAGUUAAAAGACCACCAGAGGAAAAAUUAAUGCCCAAGAAGACUUAUGCAUUCUUCUCCCACACAAUAAAGGCUCAGGAGGCCAAUAUGGGUUUGCUGGAUGAGAUCCUAAAACAGGAAAUCCGACUUAUUGAUUAUGAGAAAAUGGUGGAUCAUAGAGGAAUACGGGUAGUGGCAUUUGGACAGUGGGCAGGGGUGGCAGGGAUGAUCAACAUUCUUCAUGGGAUGGGUUUAAGGCUCCUUGCUUUGGGACAUCACACACCUUUUAUGCACAUUGGCAUGGCUCAUAACUACAGGAACAGUGGUCAGGCAGUGCAAGCUGUCCGUGAUGCUGGCUAUGAAAUAUCUCUGGGUUUGAUGCCGAAGUCAAUAGGGCCCUUAACAUUUGUGUUCACAGGGACUGGUAAUGUAUCUAAGGGAGCCCAAGAAAUCUUCAAUGAAUUACCUUGUGAGUAUGUGGAGCCACAUGAAUUAAAAGAAGUUUCCCAAAGUGGAGACCUGAGAAAAGUGUACGGGACAGUGUUAAGUCGCCACCAUCAUCUUGUCAGGAAAACAAAUGGUGUAUAUGACCCUGUAGAGUAUGACAAAUACCCCGAGCGCUACAUUAGCCGUUUUAACACUGAUAUUGCACCGUAUACAACUUGUUUAAUUAACGGGAUCUACUGGGAACAAAACACCCCUCGUCUCCUCACCCGCCAAGAUGCUCAGAGCCUCCUGGCUCCAGGCAAGUCCCCAGUUGCUGGUGUUGAAGGCUGCCCUGCAUUGCCACACAAACUUGUCGCAAUAUGUGACAUUUCAGCUGACACAGGAGGAUCCAUUGAAUUUAUGACUGAGUAUACGACCAUAGAGCGUCCCUUUUGCAUGUAUGAUGCAGAUCAGCAUAUUAUUCAUGACAGUGUGGAAGGCUCUGGGAUUCUGAUGUGUUCCAUUGACAAUUUGCCAGCACAGCUUCCAAUUGAAUCUACAGAAUACUUUGGGGACAUGCUUUACCCUUACGUUGAAGAAAUGAUAUUAUCAGAUGCGACACAGCCUCUUGAAAGUCAGAAUUUUUCUCCUGUGGUGCGAGAUGCAGUGAUUGCAUCUAACGGCAUGUUGUCUAACAAGUAUAAAUAUAUCCAGAAACUCCGAGAGAACAGGGAACGUGCUCAGUCACUUUCAAUGGCCACCAAGAAAAAGGUCUUGGUUCUUGGAUCCGGUUACGUAUCUGAGCCUGUAUUGGAAUACCUGUCGAGAGAUGACAGUAUUGAAAUAACAGUAGGUUCUGACAUGAAGAAUCAAACUGAACAGUUAGGCAAGAAAUAUAAUAUUAAUCCUGUUAGCCUGCACGUUGGUAAACAAGAAGAGAAGUUGAGCUCCUUGGUGGCAACACAGGAUCUUGUCAUCAGCUUGUUGCCUUAUGUAUUGCAUCCUCUUGUGGCCAAGGCAUGCAUCGCAAGCAAAGUUAACAUGAUCACUGCAAGCUACAUCACCCCAGCGCUAAAAGAAUUAGAAAAGAGUGUGGAAGAUGCUGGCAUCACAGUCAUUGGCGAAUUGGGAUUGGACCCUGGUCUUGAUCAUAUGUUGGCAAUGGAAACAAUAGAUAAGGCCAAAGAAGUGGGAGCCACGAUUGAAUCAUAUGUUUCCUACUGCGGUGGCCUUCCAGCUCCUGAAUAUUCAGACAAUCCUUUGAGAUACAAAUUUAGCUGGAGUCCAGUGGGCGUUCUGAUGAACAUAAUGCAGCCUGCUACCUACCUGCUCAAUGGAAAGGUUGUGAAUGCUGCAGGAGGUGUCUCCUUUCUGGAUUCAGUCACUCCCAUGGAUUAUUUCCCUGGCUUAAAUUUGGAAGGUUAUCCUAACAGAGACAGUACAAAGUACGCUGAGAUUUAUGGCAUUCCAUCUGCUCACACUUUAUUACGAGGGACACUGAGGUACAAGGGGUAUGCCAAAGCUUUGAGUGGAUUUGUGAAAUUGGGUCUCAUAAACAGAGAUGCGUUUCCUGCCUUUCGACCUGAUGCCAAUCCGCUCACCUGGAAAGAACUCCUCUGUGAUCUAGUUGGGAUUUCAUCCUCUUCCAAAUGUGAUGUGCUUAAGGAAGCUGUCUUUAAGAAACUAGGAGGAGACACAACCCAGCUGGAGGCUCUCGAAUGGUUGGGCCUACUCGGGGAUGAACAAGUCCCUCAGGCCGAGUCUCUCGUGGAUGCCCUCUCCAAGCAUCUGGCUGUGAAGCUUUCCUAUGGUCCUGGAGAGAAAGAUAUGAUUGUGAUGAGAGACAGCUUUGGAAUCAGACAUCCUUCUGGACAUUUAGAAAAUAAAACUAUUGAUCUUGUGGUUUAUGGUGAUGUCAAUGGUUUCUCAGCCAUGGCUAAAACCGUGGGGUUACCCACUGCCAUGGCAGCCAAGAUGUUACUUGAUGGUGAAAUUCAAGCUAAAGGCUUGAUGGGACCCUUUUCAAAGGAGAUCUAUGGACCAAUAUUGGAGCGAAUUAAAGCAGAAGGCAUUAUGUAUACUACACAGAGCACAAUCAAACUAUAAUUGAGUAUUAUAUUUUGUUUUUAUCUUCCCAGCCAACACAUUUCUGAACUUCUGUGCAGCAAACAUGCUUGUUAAUGUGAUAUUUUAAAACGUAAAGCAUGAUAUGUUUUGAUAUGUCAAUACAAUUGUGUUUUUGAAAUAUAAAUCUCUAUUUUAAUAUGAAAACAUUUGUUACAAGAGAUGCCAGUAAUUAUCAGAGAACUUUAAAAAUUCUAUCAUGUAUUUUUUUCAUGUGUAUGUAAAAGUGAUAAUGCUUGUACUACUUGUUAACUUAUUAUGCAACUUUUUUUCUUACAAGAAUAUAUUUUCCUAUAAUUAGCAGAUGAAGUUUUAUCUUUUUAGUAAGAAGAAAAUUUCUUCACACAGCUUUAUUUUUGUUUUGCUUUUGUUUUUCAGAGUGAUUCAGCUGGAUGUUUGUAGAUUACCUGUCUACAAGCUUUUGCAAUAAUGCUAUUUUGUGCCUUCUUGUAAAAUUAUGAUUUAAGAAAGUGACAUUUCUGAUAGUUUCCUCUUUAAUGUUUAGAAAAGGAAUAGGUAAGAUUAAAUCAAAAUCUACAGGAUCAGCUCAUUAGGCACAGGAAAAGAAUCCAACAUCCUUUUGUGAUAAAAAAACACUCAACAAACUAGGAAUAGAAGGGAAUUCUUUAACCUGAUAAAGAGUAUCCAUGAAAACCCCAGAGCCAAUAUCAUACUUAAAGAUGAAAGACUGAUGGAGUCUCCCCUGAAAUCAGGGACAAGACAGAGGUGUACACUCAUGCCAUUUCUAUUCAGCUUGUACUGGAGGGUCUAGAUGGGGCAAUUAGGCAAGAAAAUGAAAUAAAAGACAUCUAGAUGAGAAAGGAAGAUGUAAAACUAUCUCUGUUUGCAGAUGGCAUAAUCUUAUACAUAGAAAAUGCAAAAGAAUAAUCUAAGAAAACAUUAGCUCUAAUACACGAGUUCAUCAGUUGCAGGAUACAAGAUUAACAUUCAAAAAUUGUACUGGUAUGCAGUAUCAAUUAAUAAAGCAAAAAUGAUACUAAGAAAAUAAUUCUAAAAAGUAGAAUAAGAAUAGAAUGCGAGUUCAGAAAUAAUGCUUAUUGACUUUUGAAAAAGGUGCUAAGACAAUUCAGUUGAGAAAAAUAGUCUUUUCAUCAAAUGGUGCUGAAACAACUGGAUACCCACAUGCAAGAGAAUAAAGUUGGACUCCCUACCUCACAACACAUUUAAAAAUUAUCUAAAAAUGGACCAAAUGCCUAAAUAUAAGAGCAAACAUUGUAACACUUUUAGAUGAAAUCACAGGUGUAAAUCUUCCUGACCUUGGAUUAGGCAAUGGUUUCUGAAAUAAAUGACACCAAAGCACGAGCAACAAAAGGAAGAAAAUAGAUAAACUGGAUACCAUCAUGAUUAAAACAUUCUGUGCUUUUAAGAAUACCAUCAAGAAGGCAAAAGACAACCCACAUAAUGAGAAACUGUUUGCAAAUUAUAUAUCAGGUAAGAGAAGAACGUGAAUAGAUAGAGAACUAGUGUAUUCAAUAAAAAGUAAAAGAGCCUAAUUUUAAAAAAAGGAUAAAGGAUCAGAAUUGACAGUUCUCAAAAGAAGAUAUACAAAAGGCCGCUAAGCACAUGAAAAGAUGCUUAGCACAUGUUAGCUAUCAGGGAAAUAGAAGUCAAGUCUACAGUGAGAUAGCACUUCAACGUCACCUGGAUAGCUAUUAUGAAAAAAAUAGUAAGUGUUGGUGAAAAUGUGGAGAAGUUGGAACCCUCAUAAACUGCUGGUGGAAAUAUAAAAUGGUACGGCUGCUUGGAGAAACAGUUUGGCAGUUCCUCAAAUGGUUAAACACAGAGUUAUCAUGUUAUCCCUGGUGAAGGGUGAGGCUUCCCUGGCGGCUCAGACACUAAAGCAUCUGCCUGCAAUGUGGGAGACCUGGGUUCGAUCCCUAGGUCGGGAAGAUCCUCUGGAGAAGGAAAUGGCAACCCACUCCAGUACCUUUGCCUGGAAAAUCCCAUGGACGGAGGAGCCUGGUGUGCUACAGUCCAUGGGGUCGCGAAGAAUCGGACACGACUGAGCGACUUCACUUUCAUAUUAUCCAGUAAUUCCACUCUUAGGUAUAGAAAAAAUGAAAAUGCAUCCACACAACUUGUAAACAGAUGUUUAUAGUGGCAUUAUUCAUAACAGCCAGAAAUCAAAACAAGUCAAAUACCCAUCAAAUAAUAAACAAAAUGUGGCAUAUCCAGACAAUGGAAUAUUAUUCAGCAAUUAAAAAGAAACUGGGUACUGAUACAUGCCAUGACAUGGAUAAACUUCAAGUGAAAGAAGCCAGGCAGGAAAAGCCACAUAUUGUGUGAUUUCAUUUGUAUGGAAUGUCCAGAACUGUCAAAUCUCUAUAUGGAGAAAGUAGAUUAGUGGUUGCCUAGGGCUGGGGGAUGUUGGGGAGAAGUGGGAGUGACUGCUAAUGAAUUUGGGGUUUUGGGGAGGGAGAUGAUGAAAAUGUUAUAGAAUUGAUUUUGUGGUAAUGGAGGUACUACUCUGUGACUAUACUAAAAACCAUCGAAUUGUGCACUUUGUGUGAAUUGUAUGGGGUGAGAAUUAUUUAUCAAGUUGUACAAAUAAAACUUUAUUUUUCUCCUUGAAGGAAAAAUGCUUAUGUUGAGGGAUUAUAAAUUAAACCUUCUGAGGGACUGUGCUCAUAUUCUGGCAUAUGAAACUAAUUCUGCUGUCAAAAUAAGCAGGUAUGAUACUUGGGACAUAUGGCAGUUGAGAAAAUAUCUAUGCUAUUUGAAAAGGAUCAAAGUUGAUUAAGGCCUGGUCCCACCUGUCAAAAAUAAUUAUGUAGAGAUCAAUAAUCUAUAAGUAAGUAAAGGCAUAUCUGUUGUGGCAGUUUUUUUUUUUUAAAUCACAACAUUGAUUUUAACAUAAUCAGUUAGGAGAUAAUGCUUGUGUUGAAUAUUCAUUGGAAAGACUGAUGCUGAAGCUGAAGCUUCAAUACUUUGGCCACCUGAUGCAAAGAGCUGACUCACUGGAGAAGAUUGUGAUGCUGGGAAAGACAGAAGACAGGAAAAGAAGGAGAUAACAGAGGACAAGAUGAUUGGAUGGCAUCACCAACUCAAUGAGUUUGAGCAAGCUCCAGCAGAUGGUUGAAGGACAGGGAAGCCUGGCGUGCUGCAGUCCAUGGGGUCACAGAGAGUCGGACACGACUGGGCAACUGAACAUCAACAAUGGUUGUGUUGCAUUGACUCCACUUGCAGUCUGGAAGAGCACUCAGAUGACAUGGGAACUAGGGAACCUUGGGUGGGAGGGGGAACCCACUAAGAUAAUAUAGCAACUGGUUUGGGCUUUAAGUGAUAAACGGGUAGGAUUGAAGAGGCGGAUCUAAUGCUAGAAAAGGAAACGUCAGUAAGCUUGAGUAAAGUAGACAGAAACACUGCAUUGGCUCUCAAUAACGAGUCAUAUACUAAAGCAUACAGAUGGAAUCUAGAAAAAUGGUACUGAUGAAACGAUCUGCAAGACAGAAAGAGAGACGCAAGUGUAGAGAACAGUUGUGGGGACACAGCGGGGGAAGGAGAGGAUGGGACAAAUUGGCGAGAGUAGUAUUGACAUAUAUCUAUGUGUGUGUAAAAUAGCUAGCCAGUGGGAAGUUGCUGUGUAGCACAGGGAGCUCAGCUCAGGGCUCUGUGAUGACUUAGAGGUGGGAUGGGGGAGGCUCAAGAGGGAGGGGCUAUACACAUAUAUAUACACACACAUAUACACAUACAGUCAUAACUAUAGUAUAUAAUAGUUAUGACUGAUCUGUGUUGUUCAGCAGAAACCAACACAACACUGUAAAGCAAUUAUCCUCCAGUUAAAGCCGUCCAGCAAGGAUUUCAGCAGUAAAGGUGGUGGUGGUAGGAUCUGGGUAUGGAUGGAUAGAUUACAACUACGAGCAUUCAGCCCUUGAGCUACAUUUGUGAAUCCCUGGUCUAAAUCUUUUGAUAGGCUUAAUGCUCACAUCUUCCAGAUUUUUCUACCUUUUUUGGCCUCCUGUAGACAAUACUGGUAUUUAUAUUUCCAGUUUUCCUUGUCCUAGACUCGUGAGACGCUAGAAAUUCCUCUGAGAAGCAGUGUGAUUGUUUCUACCACAUACUAGCUCUUUCUUGUUCCACAAACUGAGGACAACAAUAAGCCACAGCAUGGUUAUAAAGGUUCUGAGAGAAUGUAAAAGCCUGAUGUCUAGUAGAUGUUCAAAAACACUAGUUUUUCUUUUUUUUUUUUUGCAAUACUCUUUCCAAUAACAAUUUGCUUGAAAUUUACAUUAAAGAUAAUGAUAUUUUA